GCUUCUCAAUAUGACAGAUAUCCCAUGGUUCAAAAAUCUCACAAAAGCUCCAUUUCCAUUCCAAAUUCAAUCUCAAACUCAAUCUCAAACAAUUCACUCUCAAACCCAUCAAAAAGAAACCUCCAAAUCACAUCGGCUUCUCCCUUUGGUGGCUAUCCUUUCGCUUCAUUUCCUUUGCUUAUGGACGAGAAGGAAAAUGACGAUUACAUUCACAACCCUGAUCCCAUUCAAGAUGCAAACUACGAAAAAAAUCACUUGUACUACGACCUCAAAUCAAUGGACAAAAAGUCCUUUAUUGGCCUACUAAGUUUUCUUUUUUUGUUCUUUUUAGCGAUUGGUUUAUUUAUUCUAUUGCCCAUACUCACCUUCACCAACACAAUUAACCAUCACAAGCAUUCUGACAAUUACACCAUUCUAUCCCCAUACUCUUACCCAAUCCUAUCUGCUAUUCGCUCCUCUUUAAUCGACCCAGAUACUCCCGAACAAUACCUAACCACUACCUCAAAAGAUAGUCUGGAAUGGUCCCUAGUCUUUAGCGACGAAUUCAAUAAAGAAGGCAGAACUUUUUAUGAAGGCGAUGACCAGUUUUGGCAAGCGGCUGAUCUUCAUUACGCUGGAACUAAAGACCUAGAAUGGUUCGACCCUGAUGCAAUUAUAACCUCAAAUGGUGUCUUGAAUAUAAGAGUAGACGCUUUUCAAAACCACGGUUUGUUUUACAGAUCUGGUAUGCUACAGUCUUGGAACAAAAUGUGUUUCACUCAGGGAAAAUACGAAGUAAGUGCUCAACUACCAAACUCUGCCAACAUCUCAGGUCUAUGGCCUGGUAUUUGGACAAUGGGCAACCUAGGCAGACCUGGUUAUCUAUCUACAACUGAUGGUGUUUGGCCCUACGCCUACGACUCCUGUGAUGCCGGUAUAACCCCAAAUCAAUCCAGUUUUGAUGGAAUCAACUUCUUGCCUGGCCAGAAACUAAAUUCCUGCACUUGUAAAGGUGAAGACCACCCUAAUAGAGGCAUCGGAAGAGGUGCUCCUGAAAUAGAUGCUGUAGAAGCCUCUGUGGACACAAGAGUUGAAAGAAUAGGUUCAGGUGUGGUCUCUCAGUCUCUUCAAAUUGCUCCCUAUGAUAUUUGGUAUGUUCCGGACUACGAUUUCAUUGAGUUACACAACUCCUCAGUUACUUCAAUGAAUACUUGGUGUGGUGGGCCCUUUCAAGAAGCUGUCUCUGCUAUCACAACUUUAAAUAAUACCUGGUACGAAUUUGAAUCCGGUUUAGAUGAACCAAGGUUCCAAAAAUUUUCCUUUGAGUAUCUAAAUGAUGACACUAAUGGCUACAUUAAAUGGUUUGUUGGCGAUGACCCAACAAUGACUUUAUACCCAAACGCUCUACACCCAACUGGAAAUAUUGAUUGGCGAACAAUUUCAAAGGAACCAAUGUCAAUGAUUCUAAAUCUAGGAAUAAGUGAUAGUUGGGCUUACAUUGAUUGGCCAAGUAUCAGGUUUCCCUCAACAAUGAAAAUUGACUAUGUUAGAGUUUAUCAACCAAAGGAUCAAAUAAAUGUUGGUUGUGAUCCAGAUGAAUAUCCAACUUAUAAUUAUAUUCAAGAUCAUUCAAAUGCUUAUUCAAAUGCAAACCUUACAUCUUGGGCUGAUGCUGGUUAUACUUUUCCCAAAAAUUCUUUGGUUCAUGGUUGUUAA